AGCAUCUUGCAAUCAGCUGAGGAAAUAUAUAUGUUAAAACGCAGCGAACUUUUAAAAAUGAGUGAACUAGAAGUAAAAGAUCAAAAUCCAAGUGAAAGGAGGCUACUGACAAACAUAAGUGAUACUGAGUUUAUUAAUGAUAAUGAUGACACACCAGGUAAUAGUGGUGUAAUGAUUCAUAUAGUUCCUGAGACGAACAAAGCACGUUGGAAUCAUAUCGAAGACUUAGAUUCAUUUUUUACGAAAAUGUAUAAUUAUCACCAAAAACACGGAUUUACAAUAAUAGUAUUAGAUGAAGUGUUUCAACUUUGCGAAUUUGGUUUUGUAGUUUGGCUGUUAACAUUUACAAUCCACUGUAUAAACUUUUCAAUCUUAUUUGGAUACACUAAACCAGAUAAAAAAGAAAACCAAACAAAAGUCUCUUUAAAUGAUGCCAUUAUUCCUGCAAAUGAAUGCUUCGAACACUUCGGAGGUGUUACUUUCUGUAUUUUAAGUAUUGCUGCCUUAUAUAUUAUGAUCCGACUGAUUAAAAUAAUAUACCACGUGACUCAAUAUUUGGAUAUCAAACAUUUUUAUAAUAUUGCUUUGCACAUAGAAGACAAUGAACUUGAAAAUAUAACUUGGCAUGAAAUCAAAAAAAAACUUCAAGAAGUUCAAGCCGAACAACAUAUGUGCAUUGAUAAAGAUCAGUUGACUGAUUUAGAUAUUUAUCAUCGGAUUUUAAGAUUCAAAAACUAUAUGGUAGCCUUAACUAAUAAAAAUUUACUUCCUGUGAAAUACAAUAUUCCGAUUAUUGGUGAAGUUAUAUCCCUAAGUCGUGGUUUGAUGGUUAAUGUCGACUUUAUUCUAUUCCGAGGACCUGGAUCGCCAUUUCAAAACAAUUGGCAGCUUCGUGAAGAUUAUAGUAUACGCAAUAAUCAAAUUGAGCUAGCUGAGAGACUUUCAAAAUUAAUUAUAUGGAUAGCGAUUGCAAACCUCAUAUUAGCACCUGUUAUAUUUGUGUGGCAAAUAAUAUAUUUUGUGUUCUCAUAUGCAAAUAAAAAGCAUAUUGUACAAGUUAUUUGUGCAUGGAUAAGUAAAAAGCACAUAACAUAA